ACACUUGGAAACAUCUCAACGGUGACUUCCUCAACGGGUGAAACAUUACCGUCUCCUACAACGUCUUCACCGUCACAAAGUUCCGAAUCAUCAUUUUUAGAUUCCAUUGUUUCAUCGAACGUUUUGCGACCUUUUCAAAAGGCUGACUGCAAGCCGGUGCAGAGCGCGUUUAGUGCUCGAGCUGGCCUCAGUCAGAUUCCACCUGCAGUGGCACCGUCGUUCGGCACUCUGUUGAAUCCGGCAGUGAUGGCGGCACAGAUCGGUCUUCUCAGCUCUCCGAACACUCUGCUUUCCAUGAUGCAGGUAUAA